GCACCAUCGUCAAGGCGCCAGACUCAAACAAACAGCAGGACACAUUUCUGAAGAAACGAUUGUAAACUCUAAGCUACAUAAGUAUAAAGAAGGAUAAACGAAAGCUAGAAACAUCGCUGAGCCAACAUAUAUGAGAUCUGUAUUCCACUCUCUGCCAUGAAGACCUCCAAACCAGAACUGCAGACCUCUACUCAGGAGGAGUGUGGUGUUUGGCUAGACACGGUGCAGCUGAAAGUAAAAGCUAAGCAGAAACGAGUCCAUCGUCCCAUUUCUAAGCUGCUGCAUCCCUUCUCUGAGGGCAGGGGAUAUAGUGUGGCGGUGGCACUCAACUUCACUCAGACCAAAUUGGAGAUGCCGAAAACAAAACAGAGCGCUUUAUCCACCUUCUACACAGCUCAGCGCAGAGUACUCAAUAAGAUGACAACUUCUGAAGCGCCGAACAUGGAUCCUCUGCAGCCUUCUUCAUUAUCUGCCUCAUCUACACAUGCCCUAUCUGCACCCACACCUGUGGUAUCGGGAACAAAACGAAGACGUGAAAUGGAUCUUGAAAUAUCUGACUUGCACAACUCUCAGCCUUGUGUGCAUUAUGAGUGGGAAAGUGAACAUUUUGCUGAGCCUGAAGCAUCAGCGUGGCAGGAACAGGCAGCAAGUCACACAAAUUCUCAAAAAAACAUGGACUGUGAAUAUAGAGAUGAGCAGUUUGAGGAGAUAAAUCCACCACUGAGUAAGAGGAGGGUCAAUGCAGCCUCAUUACCAGCUGACAGUCAACCUCCUCCUCAGGCGUGGAGUCAGGAUCCACUGCUCACAUUUAGCCAAUAUUCUCAAGAUGAAUGUGACCAGAUUAAUGAGAAACAUACCUCAGGAAAGAACUCUGAGCCAAGUUUCCCUUACAGUUUACAAAGUGAGUACGCCUUUGGUAUUCAGAUUGAUGUGGAAGGUAAAACCUCGACUCAGAAAUCCUUGAAAAAUACUCAUUAUUCUCAGAUGGAUGAUGAGAAAGAAAACGGCAGGGUUUUGUUUUCUAUUUCCCCCCCAAAACACGCAGCUGUCUCUCAUAUUAAACCUCUUUCAUAUCCUAAAUGGACAGAACCAAAAAGUGCAUCACCGCAAAAACAUAAUCCUGUGCACCCGUGGAAAUGGGCUGAUAAAGACGAACGCCUGGAGUCACAGUUCAAGUGGACCAAACCAAGCAGCUCUCCUCUGAAGAAACGAGCGCCACAGAAGUCCUGCAGAGAGGUUGACCAGGACAGUCUGGCCAUGUUGUUCACCCAGGACUCUGAAGGCUUCAGGGUGAUAGCGCACAGAGAUCUGCAAACCAGGAGUCCACUCAAAGAUCAGAGUAACACAAAUGCUGGGACGGGGAGAACGAGCGCUUACAAAUCUCUUGUGGAGGAGGAGGAAGACGAGAUGCUCUUUACUCAAGACUCUCAGGGAAAUAUGGUGAUCAAACACUGAAAGAACACAGGCUAAUGUUAUUUGAGCUUAUAUGUUGAUAAUUGUUCUCCACUUUUUGUCUCAGGUAUUGCAGACUGUUUUAAAAGCUCUAUAUACGGUCUGUCUCCAUAAUGACCCCAUGGUCUUAAAGGUACUUGAUAAUUAAAAUAUUGAUACUU